UUUUGCAAUCUUCUUUCCCUUCUUAUUUGGGAGAAGGAAACUUCAACCCGUCGACUGUACAUUUUCACCACGUACUUUACGCGUCGACUAAUUCCUUUGCUUCUUUACAAUACUCUCUCGAUCUCGCUUUUCCCUCUGUCAAGAUGCCUCACACAAAUGGCGACUCGAAGGGCCCCGCGUUCUUUGGCCACUCCCUCCCCCACACAGAUGCCCUCAAGGUCCUCGAUCAGUACGAGGAACGCGAUGGGCUCGAUAUCAAGUCUUUGCUUGACUCCAAGAGACAUGGUGGUCUAACUUACAAUGAUAUCCUCGUGCUUCCAGGUUACAUUGGCUUUGCUGCCUCCGAAGUCGUUCUCGAGUCUCCAGUCACAAAGCGCAUUACUCUCAAGACUCCCUUUGUCUCCUCCCCCAUGGACACUGUUACCGAACACGAAAUGGCUAUCCACAUGGCAUUACAAGGAGGUCUGGGUGUUAUUCACCACAAUUGCUCUGCUGAUGAGCAAGCCGAGAUGGUUCAGAAGGUGAAGAGAUUUGAAAACGGAUUCAUCCUUGACCCAGUCGUCCUCAGCCGCAAUACCACAGUCGGCGAAGUCAAGGCUUUGAAGGAGAAAUGGGGCUUUGGUGGUUUCCCAGUCACUGAGAACGGAAAGCUAGGAUCGAAGCUCAUCGGCAUUGUCACGAACCGAGAUAUUCAAUUUGAAGAAGACGUUGAACAACCUGUCUCCUCUGUUAUGGUUACGGACCUCGUUACCGCUGCUGCAGGCACCACUCUUCUCGAAGCAAAUGCCAUUCUCGCCAAGUCGAAAAAGGGCAAGCUUCCAAUUGUUGAUGCCAAUGGCAAUCUCGUUUCCAUGAUUUCUCGUUCCGAUUUGACCAAGAACCUCCACUUCCCCCUUGCUUCUAAGCUUCCUGACUCCAAGCAACUCAUCUGCGCUGCUGCCAUUGGGACCCGACCAGAGGAUAAGAUUCGUCUACAAAAGUUGGUCGAUGCUGGUUUGGAUAUUGUCGUCUUGGAUAGCAGUCAAGGAAACAGCAUGUACCAAAUCGAGAUGGUCAAGUGGGUCAAGGAGAAAUUCCCUGGCCUGGACGUCAUCGGUGGUAACGUUGUUACCCGCGAGCAAGCCGCAUCUCUGAUCGUCGCUGGCGUUGACGGUCUCCGCAUUGGAAUGGGUAGCGGCAGUGCCUGCAUCACCCAAGAAGUCAUGGCAGUCGGCAGACCCCAAGCUGCGGCUGUCUACAACGUAUCCUCCUUCGCUGCUAGGUUCGGCGUCCCCUGUAUGGCAGACGGUGGCAUCCAAAAUGUAGGUCACAUAGUCAAGGGCCUCGCCCUCGGUGCCACAACCAUCAUGAUGGGCGGCCUCCUCGCCGGUACCACCGAGUCCCCAGGAACUUCCUUCGUCAGCCGCGAGGGUAAGCUCGUCAAGGCCUACCGCGGAAUGGGCAGUAUCGACGCCAUGCAAGACAAGAAAGCCGGGUCCGGCGGCAAGGACAGCCAAAAGAACAACGCUGGCACUGCCCGCUACUUCUCCGAAGGCGACAGCGUUCUGGUAGCCCAAGGAGUGUCAGGUGCCGUAGCCCACCGAGGCUCAGUCACCAAAUUCGUUCCUUAUCUGGCAGCUGGCCUCAAACACUCCCUGCAAGACUGCGGACAAAAGAGCCUAGCAGAGCUACACGAGAGUGUCGCAAACGGAUCCACUAGAUUCGAGCUCAGGACCGCUAGCGCUCAACUGGAGGGUGGUGUCAAUAUGGAGAGUUACGAGAAGAAGCUUUAUGCUUAGAUUAGAUAGAUGAGGUAGAUGCUACACAAACAGAAAUUCUGGUGGGUUUUCUGCUGGUGCUGGGAGUUUGGGCGACGGGGUGAGAAAAUUGCGGUUUGGUAUCUUUGGAAUUAGAAUGAAUUGAGCUGUGUGCAU